GAGAUGGAGAAACACUGUGUGAACUGGACUCUUCUCCUGGUGCUGUGUGGCCUCCUGCCACUGGCUUCUCAGGCUGGCAGGCAGAUGCCAAAACUCUCAGACAAGAAGCUCUGCGCCGAUUCAGAGUGUAGCCAUCCCAUUCUCAUCGCUAAAGCGCUGCAGGAUUAUUACCCACAAGACUGUCGCUUCAUUCACAUCCAUAAAGGCCAGUCUGUCUAUGUGUAUGCCAUGCUGAAAGACCGUGGGAACCUCUUUUGGGCUGGUAGUGUUCAAGGGUCAUAUUAUGGAGACCAGGAAGCUCGUCUGGGAUAUUUCCCCAGCAGUGUUGUUGAAGAGACACAUGCGUUAAUGCCUGCUGAGGUUGAGGUCAAGACUGAUAAAUGGGACUUUUACUGCUAUUAGGAUUGUGUGCUGCUUCAGCUGGAACAUAAACAUGAUUCUUAAUUCCACUCUGCACUUUAUAGUGUGUCACUACAUUUAUUAUUUCUCGUAGGCAACUCAAAGAUUACUUUUCAUAAGAGGAAAACAUAGAACAGUGACUGUAGACUGUAAAUGCUUGUUGAUGCAGUAGUUUGAAUAAACGGAGCUGCUGCUAUUUUGGC